GGGAGGGGGCGGGGCUGUCGGCAGCUCUUCUUCGUUGGUCCUGGAUGCUGUCGGUGCCGCGACUGGGUUCGUUCGGCUGUCCGCAGCACCGAACCGAACUCCCGUUACGGGGCUGAGGAGCAAACGGCACAGAACCGACGGUCCAAGUCUCGGGCUGCUGUGGUCAUGGCGGUGUUGUUGGUGCUCGUACUCUCUGUGCUUCGCCCGCCCUUUGAUAUUUGCAGCCACGCCUCCCCGACCUGUCCUGCUAGCUGUCGCUGCUACAGCCUGACUGUGGAGUGUGGCUCCACCGGCCUGCGGGACAUCCCCAAACACGUCCCGCCUUCCACACAGACCAUGUUCCUCCAGGACAAUGUUAUUGGUCAGAUUUAUCGACAUGACCUGAGUCCAUUGCGACACCUGCACUACCUUUACCUGCAGAACAACAGUAUCUCGGCAGUGGAGCCCGGAGCUUUCCAGAACCAGGGUCAGUUGCUGGAGCUGGCGCUGAACGGGAACCGCAUCCACUUGGUGACGGCUGACAUGUUUCAUGGACUUGAGCAACUCCGCAUUCUUUACCUGGCAGGAAAUGACAUCACACGGCUGCAGGACUACACCUUUCGUGGCUUACAGCGUCUCCAGGAGCUCCAUUUGCAGCACAACAGUUUAGAAAUUCUGGCCGACCAGGCGCUGGAUGGUUUGACUUCUCUGGCUCUGCUGGAUCUGAGCAGGAACAACCUUCACACCAUAGGCUCAGCGUCACUGCGACCGCUGAUCAGCCUGCAGGUGCUGCGCAUCACAGAUAACCCAUGGCGCUGUGACUGUGCUCUCCACUGGCUCAGGAGCUGGAUCGACAAGGAGGGCCAGCGGCUGCUGAGCUCAGCAGAGCGCCGCCUAGUAUGUACUGAGCCGCCACGCCUCUCCCAGCUCAGCCUGGUGGAGGUUCCACUCAACAGCCUGAUAUGCAUCCCUCCACUGGUGCAGCUGGAGCCAAGGAGGCUGGCUGUUCGCCUGGGAGAAAGCCUGAGGGUGUCCUGCCACGCCUCUGGAUACCCACGUCCUCAGGUGACAUGGAGGAAAGCAUCCCAGGGGAAAGUGGUGUUGUCUCCCAGAGGCCUUGUGCAGGAGUUAGGCACUGGAGGCGGGUCAGUGGGAGGUGCAGAGGAGACCACGGAGGAAAGCAGAGUCAGUUUGCAGAAGACGGACAGUGAGCUCUUUGACCCAGACACCGGCAGCGGCAUGUUGUUCCUCAGUAAUGUGACUGUGGCUCAUGCUGGAUUCUACGAGUGCGAAGCCUGGAACGCUGGGGGUGUGGCUCGGGUGACCUUUCAGCUGGCCAUUAACUCUUCUACAUCUUCCUCUUCCUCCUCCAUUUGGGCCUCAUGGUCACAAGUGUCCUCACCGUAUUCCCCUAUUUGGCCUCGGCUGAGGAGCCACGGUCCUGCAGUGGGCUCAGAUGUGAGCCGUGAACCCCUGUAUGCCCUGGGCAGCAUGGCCUUCAGCGCCCUGGGUGCUGCCACGCAGACGGCCAUAGCUGUUGGCAUCUCACUGCUGGCCCUGACUGCACUCCUGCUGGUCGCCAUGAUCUACAGUCGCCAAUACCAAAGAGAGAAGGAUGUCGACGGAGCUGACAAGGACGAGAGCAUCCUCUAUGUGAACGACUAUUCAGAUGGUCCAACAACCUUUGCCCAGCUGGAGGAAUACCGUGACGAGCGUGGCCAUGAGAUGUUUGUCCUGAACAGGGCCAAACCAGUGCUACCUUCUGCACUACCUCCAGCCGUGUCCAUCACUAAGCUGGGCGGCUCGGCUCCAUCUGACACUUCCAGCCACACUCUGUCUUCAGGGCAUGGUCAGCCCAUGAGUCCGGUCCCGGCCCCCAAUAAGCAGCAUCAACUACAGGAGAGUGACACUUGGACCACACGGCGGAUGGCAGGGGAGGGAGGGGAGGCGGAGCCUGUAAUCACAUCAGAGGCUGAAGGCAUGUUGCUCAACCACACAGGACUUUUCAUAGACUCUCAGAUUGCCUACGAGAUCCACUGCUGAGCAGAGCACGCAUCCUGCUGCUGCGCAUGAUUCCGUUUUCUGAGGAAAGGUCCCGUGUCACGGUGACAGACAGAGGGGUUGAACUUUCCUUGGUACAUGUUAGGGCACCAACAGGUGUCAUGAUUAAAUC